GGAAGUGUGAGUGUUUGGAUGCCGUCACUUCCUGCAGCUAAUGUUUACAGUAGUCCAUGUGGUUUCUUCUACAAGAGGCAGAAAUAAUUCAAAUAAUGUCUGUGAUCCUUGAGGACGACAAAAAGGAAGCGUUCAAGAAAAGUGAGAAUGUUGCUUUUUACAGGCGGCAGAUGGAGGGUCCAAAUAUGAAGCACCGGGCCCUUUUAGACACCGUGGUCCUCACAGAGAAGGGUGCACACUUUGAGUUGUUGGAACUGAACACACAGACCAGACUGCUUCUUUCUUUGUCACCUUGCAAACAUGAUACUGUAAGGAUAUUAAUAGAUGAACUGCAGCCCUUCAAAGCUCGCUACAGAGUUGCAGAUGUGAUGAUUGAAGAACCUCAAAGUGAACAGUAAGAACCUCCUCAGCAUCGUCCUUUCAUUAUAGUUUAUACCAGGGCUAUUCAACUGGCGACCCAGGGACCAAGUCAGGCCCACGG